CGAUUUCUGACGUUUCAUUAUUUACAUAGAGUUGAGUUGUCAAAAAAUAAUGUAAUCGAAAUGUUUUCAGAUAAUCGCAAACUCAAAAAGAAAUAAUAUAAUGAGCGUAUGACACAAAGGAUUUCUCUUAAAGCCUUAAGAUAAGACAUUAGCCAGAUAAGCAUAUUUUAGAUACAAAUGAUUGACCAAAAACAUAUCCUUUUUUAAUCAUAUUUUUGUGAAAACUUUUAUGAAUCAUUUAUAAUUCGGACGUAGUAAGAUGGAGAAUGGGCACAACGCGAAAGACAGGAACAAAGACAUCAAUUGGUCGAGAUUCGGAUUGGGGAACGAAGCUGUGGGAACCAGAGCAAACACCAGUGGAUUUAUAGAUCUAUCGAACGACUAUGCAGCUGGAGGACAUCAAGCUUCCAGUGCAAACGAACUGUUCGCCGAAGAACAAGGAGACGUGCCUUGGUGGAAAUCUAAUUUUUUUAUAUCCCAACCUGUAUUAUUCGGAACAUGGGACGGUGUUUUCACUUCCUGCUUGAUUAAUAUAUUUGGGGUGAUUGUAUUUCUAAGAUCCGGAUGGAUAGUUAGUCAAGCUGGGAUAAUUAGUGCAAUUGUUAUUGUUCUGUUUUCAGUGGUUACUGCACUAAUUUCCGUGUUAUCUGCUGUUGGUAUAUGCGAAAGAUGCAGAAUAGAAAGCGGAGGAGUAUAUUUUGUAGUAGCACAUACUUUGGGAUCGCGAUUCGGAGGCUCAUUAGGGUUGUUAUACUGUUUCGGACAGGCCGUAGGUUGUGCAUUGAACGUCCUGGGUUUCGGCGAAUCCAUGGCCGAAUUAAUAGGCCUAGGCAAUUCGAAAUGGACGGUUAGAGUGAUAGCCAUGGCAGCUGUUUUCCUUUUGAGUAUUAUCAACGUGGCCGGUGUCAAGUGGGUGAUCAAACUGCAGUUCAUUCUGCUGCUCAUCCUGCUAUCAGCAGGUCUCGAUUUCAUGGUAGGGAGUUUCGUACACACCGAAGAAGCGAAAGGUUUCACCGGCUGGGUCAGCGAUAACCUAGCGAACAACAUGUGGUCGAAUUACACGGAAGGCUACAGUUGGUUCACCGUUUACGGCGUGUUCUUUCCAACUAUCACUGGUGUUCUGUCUGGAAUAAACAUGAGCGGGGACCUGAAAGCCCCGUCUACGAACAUCCCUAAUGGAACACUAGCCGCAAUAGCCGCUGCGACGUUUCUCUACCUCGUAUUCGUGAUAUUCCUGGGCGCUACUUGCACGAGAACGGUGCUUCUGAACAACUUCAUGAUCGCCGAAGAUGUAUCGGUGAUAGGAGUGCUGUUUUUAGCGGGGUUGUACGUGUCGUCGAUGUCGAGUUGUUUGGGUGCGAUGUACGGUACACCUCGAGUACUCCAAUCGAUCGCCUUGGAAAACGUUAUACCAGGAAUGGGCCCUUUAGGGAAAGGAAGAGGUCCGAAUAAAGUGCCUUUGUAUUCGAUGGCCGUGGUGGCUGUUGUGACGUUCACGUUCAUCUUCAUCGGCGAAAUAAACACGUUGGCUCCCAUCGUUACGAUGCCUUUUCUGCUUACUUACGCUGCUAUAGAUUACGCUUACUUCGCCUUGGCGCAAACCUUCGAUAUACAGCAUCAGAGGGAACAGAGAUUCCACCGUCCGAAAGUCCAAUACAGCAGCGACGACAGCGAUUUGGAUCGCUUGUUUCCCGAACGCACGAGGCAUAAAGUCCUGAGGGGUGAAUCGAGUUCGAAUUCGAUAAGCAGCCCGGAGGACAACAGCGAACACACUCCCAUAUCUCCUAAAAUAAACAUACACUCUAAACAGAAAAACUGGUACUCCAAUUUGUGUAACAGAUGGUUGGCGUUGUUCGGUGCCGCCUUGAAGAUCUGCAUAAUGCUGUUAGUGAACUGGUACUACGCCCUGACGUGCAUGAGCGUGGUGUUUUUAGUUUGGUUGUACAUCGGUACGGCGAAUCCGGCCGUUAAACCGGGCCUGGCGUCGGAGUUUCGCUUCUUUCCUUGGAUCAAAACGCUCGUGCUAAGAUUAUUGGGGCGAAGGGUGACGGAUUACGAACAAAUCGUCGUGACUCCCGUGCAUCCGGGAAUGGACGUGACUUCGUCGCAAUUGAACGAGGAUAAUCAGGAUUUCGCGAACAGAAGGCGGUACCAUCAAUCGGCGACCGUCCACGGCCACAUUGUCGCCAUUGACGAUUGACAGAUGACACGAUUCUUUGAAAUUACGUAAAGGAAAUUACUUGCGAACAAAGGUUUGAUCAAAUCGGUGACUAUAAACUUGAACUUGAUACAUUCUAUGUACAAGGCCUUAGGGGGUUUCUUUUCAAUCAAAUUCGUUCGAACUUCGCUUGUCACAAUCGACAGGUAGCUUGAUUUAUAAAACGAAGAUACUAGCUAUGAUCUUUAAUGGUAAUAUACAUAAAGAAUGAAAUCGCGUAUUAUAAAGUCAAAGCUACUUGAUUUCGUUAUUACUGAGAAGUUAAUUUAUCUCAAAAAUUGUUCAAAAUGGCGUUCUGUCAGUUUUUGUAAUUUUUAAUUUGUGUUUUGUUAGACUUAAUUUAGGUCGUUUUUACUUUUUGGCAGGUGCAAACCGAGUCGAACAAAGGUAUGAAUUUUAUCAUUUAACUAUUUUUUUAGAAAGUUAACACAAAAAUUAUGCACAAACUAUUAUCGUUUAUAGUCACCUGGAAUAAGUGCUAUUUUCCGUCUAUUAUCCAAAGUAAUAAGUCUGCGCAGUUAUAAUUCAAUGAUUUGUUUUAUACAGGUAAGUGCAAAUUUGUUUGAAAUAUGGUCAAUUCUAUGAGUUGAACAAAGAUAAGAUAAAAAAUAACAGUGAUAAGAGUGAGAAAGUGGCUAUCCCACAAUAUCUAUCUUUUUAAAUUUGCACUUAUCUGUGUACUUCUGUAAAGGCAUUCUAUUCUACAGUCCAUAAUUUUGCUUCUGUUCGCUUGCAUUCGUCCGUCUGGGCCGUUAUUUAUUAAUUUUUCAAUUAGUUAAAGCAACAAUUAGGAGUCAAUUAAACGCUAAAUUAUAGGUGUAUAAAAACUUUUACUGAUUU